AUGACUACAACAUCACAACCAGUCGAUAACGCUCUCGGCGCAUCCCAGACCUCCGGCACCGGUGCACAGCCUCCAGAAAGUCUCAGUCCGCUCGAGCAAGAAGUGCUCGACGAAUACGCGCGUCUAGUGGGAAAUCUGAAUAAUCUGUCCACCCUCCUCUCCGAACUGUCCACCAACCCCUCCGCGGAAAUCCUUGAUGCGCUGCGCCGACUCGAGCGCAAGACCUCACUUGUAUUCACGCUGCUAAAGAGCUCAGUGUACAGUAUCGUGAUGAAUCAGCAGGCGUUCUCGGGGGCGGAGAGUGACGGUGGGUAUGGGGGUGCGGUGGGGCAGAUGGCGGGUUUUGGGGUUGAAGAUGGGAGGCAAUGA